AUGUCAUCCGCCUCCCUGGCCUUUGAGCCGCCAACUGUGGUGGCAGUCUUCGCGUCGCACGCGGUGUUGUGCUGGGAGCAGCCGCGCACACCACACGCCAAGUCCUUCGUGAGACACAUUGUGUGGGAGUACCAGAUCGAGUACAACUGCUCCUGCAGAGCACGACAGCAGCCGUACCGCACCACGGGCAGUGACACCUUUGUUCUUUUGGCUACCCCACACGUGGGCGAGACGUACUAUGUCCGAGUGGUGGCCAAGUCCAGUCUUGCAGGAUCCACUACUGGGCUUUCCUCCGCCAAGGUCGCCUUCACAGCGUCCUGCAACGUGGGAAUACCCUGGCUCUGCGCUUCCCGGCCGCCGGUGUGCGUCUUCGAUGCGCUUUACCUCGCUGCAAACGUGGCAGCCGGUGGCAUCUCGGCGCUGAGAGACGCCCGCGGCUCCACGAUAGACCACGCGGCAGAGCUCGACGGGGAGCAUCUCUGCUACACCCUCGAGGGCGAUGUUGCUGUGCAUUCCUAUCGCAUCGUUUACAGUGACACCUCUGCACUACCGAUCGGGCAGGCAAGGACGGUAUACUACAUGGUGGCCACAGCGCGGCUGCACGCAGGGAGGCGCACCCGCGCAAUGGAGUUGCUGAGCAUGAUACAGCACGAGGGGGCGUCACUCGUGUUCUGCGGGGUGGGGGACAGCGGGCGUCUCGCUCUACGCGCCGCGCUUUCAUUCUUGUCGUUCCUCACGACAGCGUGCCCUGCCCUCUGCACGUCAGUCUUUUGCAUCACCUACGGAACGUCCCGCUUGUUGUUAAAGGAAGGACCACGUCUGCUGGCACACACUCUCCCGUUAAGUGGGCAACUCCUGCACUUCACCCAGCUGCCACUGAUCGAUGACGCCCUUCCCAUGUGGGACAUGGCGGCCCUGUCGCAACGGGGCUCUGGCGUUGCUUCCGACACACCACCGCUAGGCUACGCAAACGGGUUUUACCGCAACAUGCUCUUGGGGGUGCAGUGCCGGGUGAUGGACGGAACUGGCCUGCACUUUUCUCUCUCAUCGCCGGACCAGCUACUUACCGUGGCGGAAGAGGCGGAGGUAUUUGAUGCGGCGGGGCAGCUACGCGCGUUGUUAGGGCUAUUCUUUCCAUCGUCGCCGCGGUGGCUAUCGCCGUCUGUUGCCUCCGUCAGGUGCCGCACCGAAGGACCGCUGCUGCACGUGGUCGUGGAGGGGACUAACUUGCACUACUGCCCUCGGGUGACGCUGGCACCGUCGUAUCAGCGCGGCACUGCGCUCUUCCCGCGCGUCACAGCGAGCACACCGCUCCAGCUCGAGUGCACCGCCUGUCUCUUGCCUUGGGCUCAGCAGUGCGUAGCUGAUGAUGACUUGUGUGACGCGAUUGCAUCGGGCGUAUCGGCGUUCCUUCUUGUGCAAACGUCCAUGGGCACGGCCUUUUCGCCAGGGCUGGCGACAGUGGCACUCCCAGAGGACCUGCUCGAACUGUUUCGCGCGGCGCAGCAGGACUCCGCACCGUGGAGUGGCGAGGCAGCACCGGGGCUUGUUGAGUGCGCCUUGCAGCUGCAGCCGCUUUACGCCUUGGCGAGCCCCGACGUCACCAUCUCUCCGACAGCCAUGAGCAACGUGCUACAUAAUCCACUUUUCGAGCUCCUCUGCACUCUCGCCUCUGCCGCUGAGGUCGUCCUCUCACCUAAAUAUGCCGAUUCAACAGCCAAACCUGGUAGCGGCAUGCUGGGCCUCAUUCACAGUGUUUCGGCUAGGCUGUCCUCUAGGAAGGCGGACACGCGGGCGGACGCGGUACCAGCACUUCAUGUGCCCGGCAUCGAGGCGACUUUACUGAAGAACGCGCUGAAAGAGUGGAAGGGUGUCGGUUUCACCGGCAUCGAGGCGUGGACAUCGCGAUGCGCCUCGUGGAAGCAGCGGCUCUUUUACGGGCUGCCGCUCUUGCGUGAGACCGCAUACCGCAACACACUUAUGCGAAUGCUCCAUACAUUCGAUGGUGACGCAGAGGUUGGCGAUGAUGCCCCGCUCGCCUGCAUUGAGGCGUACUUGUACGCCUACACGAAGUACCACAUUAGAGCCGCGCAGCCUUCUCCAGUGCACAUGGAUAAGUCGCUGUGCAGCGAGCUCUCUCUUAGCAGCUUCUAUGGAGCAGUCGCUCCGAUCUUCAAGACCGAGGACAGCUCGGCUUCCGGUUCACCACUGCCGUACCUGCGCGAGUCGAUGUUACUGUGGGCACUCUGCCACUGCUUCGAGCUGCGGCGUGAGGUGGCGCGAACGACAUUCUGCUGCAAUGUGGGGUGUGCAGGGUGCGGUGUGUCGACGCUCUCCACGAGCAUCUCAUCACUGCUGCAUCGCGAGGAGGCACGGCGCUAUUCGCGCUGUGGGACGUUCUUCCGCACCGUCCAGUGCCGCGUCGCAUCAAGUCGCCUACCGGCUAUUCACUUAGCUGCGCAGACGGGUGUGCGGUGUUGCGUCUUCCUGGCGGGGGAGGUGACAGACCUGACGAGGCCUCAGUACACCUCAAUGGGCGUUCGCAUCCAAGAGCACUUGACCUAUGCCGGGCAGCAUCUCUUCCGAGUGGCCACAAAGGCAGACGAGCACCUCCAAGGCUCCUCGAACCUGCGCGAGGAGCUUGCGAGUGAUGCAUCGGUAGCUGCCUUGAUGUCACGGAUGAGCGCUGAGUGGGUGGGCGGGUGUGGCUCAGAGGUGCAGCGACUGGUGGUCGCACUUGCCCCAUCGACCUCUCGCCUUGUGGAGCUCAUUGCCUGCAGCCCUGUCGAGGCGGAGCAGUACGCGCAGAGACUGCGCUCCUACUCGGAGGCACUUCUCUUAGACUGUCUCCGCUUCGGCAUUCUUCGAGGGGACGCCAACUGCACGAAGGUGGCUUAG